UGGCGGAAGCGGCCGGUCCGUUCCGGGCGGCGAUGGCGGCCUGUGGCGCGGCUCGGGCCGCGCUGCUGCUGCUGCUGGGGGCGGCGGUGCCGGCGCGGGGCUCGCAGGGGGACCGGGAGCCGCUGUACCGCGAGUGCCUGAGCCGCUGCGAGCGCCACAACUGCUCCGGGGCGGCGCUGCGCGCGUUCCGCGCCCGGCAGCCGCUGUACAUGGUGCUCACAGGCUGGACCUGCCGCGAUGACUGCAAGUACGAGUGCAUGUGGCUGACGGUGCGGCUCUACCUGCAGAGGGGCCACCGGGUGCCCCAGUUCCAUGGCAAGUGGCCCUUCUCGAGGUUCCUGUGCUUCCAAGAGCCGGCCUCCGCCUUCGCCUCCUUCCUCAACGGCCUGGCCAGCUUCAUCAUGCUGCUGCGCUACAAAGCCACCGUCCCCCCCGCCUCCCCCAUGUACCCCACCUGCGUCGCCUUCGCCUGGGUCUCCUUAAACGCCUGGUUCUGGUCCACUGUUUUCCACACGAGGGACACGGCCGUGACGGAGAAACUGGAUUAUUUCUGUGCUUCGGCCGUUGUCCUGCACUCCGUGUACCUGUGCUGCGUCAGGACACUGGGGCUGCAGCGCCCAGCCUUAAUCAGCAUCUUCAGGGCCUUCCUCCUGCUCUUCCUCGCCUGCCACAUCUCCUACCUGACCCUCGUCCGCUUCGACUACGGCUACAACAUGGCAGCGAACGCGGCCAUCGGGCUGCUGAACGUGGCGUGGUGGCUGCGGUGGUGCGUGCGGAACCGGCCGCGGCUGCCGCACGUGUGGAAGUGCGCGGCCGUGGUGCUGCUGCUGCAGGCGCUGGCGCUGCUCGAGCUGCUCGACUUCCCGCCCCUGCUCUGGGUGCUCGACGCUCACGCGCUCUGGCACGUCGGCACCAUCCCGCUCAACGUGCUCUUCUACAGUUUCCUGAUGGACGACAGCCUCUACCUCCUCAAGGCCAACUCUGACCUCCUCAAAGCUGAUUAGAGCUGCCGGGGGGGGGGGCACAUGUGGCCCUUUGUGCCCCCCCUGCCCCCCCGGGGGUCCUGCCCUGUGCCAAGCGCCCCCCUGGCCCCCCCCCCCCGGCCAUGGGCUCCUUCCCCCAGUUGCCUUCUGAGGUUUGUUCUUUUCUCCACCCCACUCCCCCCUGUGCCCCACAUCUCCUGGGGGGGGUCUGUGUGUGCAUGGGGGGGCCCUGCUGGCUGCUGGCUGGCUUUAGCGGGGGGGGGUGGGUGUAACGUGUGGGGCUGGAGCGGUGCCUUGGGGCUGGGGGAGCCUCCCCCUUGCCAAAGGGUCUGGGUCCCCCCCCGGGGAUGGGCCCCCCCCCCCCCCCCAAGUAUGUUGUGGGAUGUGAAUAAAGACGAGUUCAAGUUCAA